GCUUGCUCUUUUACCCUCCAAAUCAAAAGCUUGAGCGAGCGAGUGAGAGAAGCGAAGGGAAGAGAAGAAAGAAGUGCAGGGUGAUGAGGAGGUUUUUCCAAGUGCAGAGAGAUGAAGAUUACAGUCAGAUACAGUAUCUCACAGUCAAGUGCAACCGUCUGGCACGGGAGAAAGCAAUGUUGGAGACAGAGUGUAUGCUAUCCAGAGAGAGAGUGUGGGUCCUGCAGGUAGAGUUGGAAACUGUGUGUUUGCAACUCCGUCAAAAAGAAAACACCAUCCAGGAGCUAACGAAAAAACUCCAACACCAACAGCAUCCUGUGAGUGAAAGUGAUGCAGCUCUGCUGAGCGUUCACUUGGAGUCGAUAAGCUCAGAGCUGCAAUACCUACAGUCCACUGAGAAGCAGCUAAUAGGCUUUGUGGACAAGCUCCACCAGGAGGCCCAGGAUGCAACUAAAAAGGCAGAGGACCUGGAGGUGCAGCUCCACCAGGAGGCUGAGCUCCAUGCCUGGCAAACAGACAAUCUGCAGAAAGAGCUGGAGAGGAAGUCACAUGACCUGCAGGAACUGCAGAAGGCCCAUGAUGCAUUGCAGCAGGAGCUAAGCGAGCAUAAUUGCACCCGCCAGAAGACGGUGUUGGAACUGGAAUGCGAAAACGCAACCAGCGUACACAAACUCAGAGAGAUGGCCGAGCGGGUCGAGUGGUUGUGUGAACAACAACGCAACUGGAUAUGCUGCAUCAAAAGGUUUAAGGACUGCCUGAAUGAUGAGAAGGAGGCCCUGGUUCUGCAGGUGAACAGGUUACAGGAAGAAUUGUUGGAUCUCAGAAAGAAGUCAAAAUCUGAGAUGACUGAUGGAGAAGAUACAGAACCCAAAGUUCAUUGCAGCAGUUGGGAUGUAGAUGCCAUGUUGGAUCUGCAGGUCGAGGCAGACAAGUGGAAACAUAGAUACCUGGAACUCUUUGGCAAAUUCACAUCACACCAGGUGGAUUGUCAUGAGGAUGGAUAUCUAAAACCACCUUGAAGUCUGGAGACUGAUAUCAUACGCAAUUUCAAAGUGUCUUCACCUGCACAAGGGAAAAUCCCCAAAUACUGACCUUUAAUAAUACAAUUUCUGCACAUUUA